CAGCACGUGUCUCUCCAUCUCGACCCUUUUCCCAUCAAUCAUCUACCGCACUCUCGAUACCCAAUCCUCUCAAUUCUCUCAACUCGCUCAACUCACUCAAACCUAUACUCGUCAAUCAUCGCCACGGGCUCUUCCUCUCUCUCCCUCUUCGUCUCUCUUCAUCUCUCUUCAAUCAUCUCAACCAGGCACACCAUACAACCGCCACAAUGAUGUCCGCAAGACCCCUCGUUCGCUCGACGCUCCCCAGAGCUUCCCGCGCCGUCCGCGUCCCCCGCCAGCAGCACCUCCGCCUCCAGUCUACCACAAGCACGGCCUCAUCAUCAACAGCAGGAGGCGCUGGCUCCGGUAGCUCCCACUUCGGCGCUGGUGUCGCCGGUGGCCUCGCCGGCGCCGGCCUCUUCUACGCCAUCUACUCCUUCACCCCCGCCGGACGCACCGCCUCCAAGGUCAACAAGGCUGCCAAGGACGCCGCCCAGAAGUACUCCGCCGCUUCCCAGAAGCUGCAGGAGAACACCCCUUCCGCCGACCAGGCCAUCGACUACAUCAAGCAGUUCGCCUACUCAUACGUCGGCUGGGUCCCCGGCGGCCGCGCCUACGUCGACACGGCCUUCAACGACUUCGAGACCGUCCGCGAAAACCACAAGGAUGAGGCCGACAAGAUCAUCAAUGACGCCUACAAGCAGUUUCAGGACGUCGCCAAGGCCGGCCUGAGCCUCGAGGCCGUUCACCAGGCCUACGACGUCCUCGCCGACGUCGCCAAGAAGAUCGCCUCUCUCGGCGGCGACGCCAUUGGCGACGUCGUCGACAACCAUCCCCAGCUCAAGGAGAAGCUCGGCGGCAACAUCGACCAGCUCAAGGACAUGGGCGCCAAGUACGGCCCCGAGGCCAAGAAGCAGGUCGACGAGACCUGGGGCCAGCUCAAGGACCUCCUCGCCGGCGGCCUCACCGCCGGCAACUUCGAAAAGGCUCGCAAGCUCGUCGAGGACAAGGUCCAGCAGGUCCGCAAGCUCGGCGACGAGGCCUGGAAGAAGGCUCUCGAAGAGGCAAAGCCCCUACUCGACAAGAACCCCAAGGUUAAGGAGCUGGUUGAGAAGAACGCCGACGCCCUGAAGCAGGGCAACGCCAAGGAGCUCUUCGACAAGGCCAAGACCGCCGUCGAGUCGGGCGACUUCGGUGGCCUCGAGACCUACGUCACCGACGCUGUCGACAAGGCCAAGUCCAAGGGCUCCCAGGUCGGCGAGUCCUUCGGCCUUGACCAGUACUUCAAGAUGAUCCCCGACGGCGACCAGAUCCUCCCCAAGCUGAAGCAGCUGCGCGAGGUCGCCGACAAGCACAAGGACGAGGGCGAGAAGCUGUUCAAGGAGACCAUCGAGGAAGUCAAGAAGGUUCUCGAGAACAAGGCCAAGAAGGCCGAGGAGAUUGCCGGCAAGGCUAAGAAGGAGGCCAAAUAGACUCGGCCCGUUUGACGCAUGCGUUGAUGCCGCAUGGCACUGAUACCCCCUUCCACCCCUUUCCGAGGGUGGACUGUUGUUGUUGUCUGUACGAUAGCAAAAGCCUUUCCUUUGUUUAAAAAGAAUUA